ACAAAUAAAAUACAUUUUUCAGACUGUAAUUUAGAUGUGGUAAAAUAUAGUAAGUACAAAAAAUAUCAACAUAAGUUUCAAAAUUCAGAGAAGAAAGAACUUCAUUGAUUAUGAGUACUAAAUAAAUAAUGGCUAGUAUAAAUUAGUGAUAGAGGGUUAGGAAGUAGUCGUUAUAUACAUAAACUCAGUGUAAUGUUUCUGUCAAGCUUUGCUUCUCUUUAAUAUUGUACUUUCUUCCUUCCCACUGUUUACAGUUCGUGUGGUCGUGAACUAAUCACGCCAAGUUCUCGUUUAAUUAUUAAAUUUAUUGUUUAGUUUUUCUUGGCAACUUUAGAAGUUAUGAUUAAGUUUUGUAAUCAAAUACUACAUAUUUUAAUUGAUUUUGUAUAUAUAUACAUAUGAUUUCAUAAAUAAAUAAAAAACGAGUGUAAUGUUAUUUAUAUUUUCUGUUACAAUUAUUUAUAAGGUUAUGUGUAUUAUUACCAAUUGAAGUAUAUAGUCACAAGUCAAAGUCUCAACCCUAUAAAAGAAACAUUCGUUAAUUAUCAUCUUCCCGCCUCGAGUAUCUCUCUGUUCACUCUAUUGAUUGCAUAGACAAAAAAAAAAACACAUACACACAAAAGAAAGAAAGAAAGAAAGAAAGAAGAUGGAGACGACGAUGAAGAAGAAAGGGCGAGGGAAGGCGACAAUAACAUCACAGAAAGAAGAAGAAGGAACAGUGAGGAAAGGGCCUUGGACUAUGGAAGAAGACUUCAUCCUCUUUAAUUACAUCCUUAAUCAUGGUGAAGGUCUUUGGAACUCUGUCGCCAAAGCCUCUGGUUUAAAACGUACCGGAAAAAGUUGUCGGCUCCGGUGGCUGAACUAUCUCCGACCAGAUGUGAGGCGAGGGAACAUAACCGCUGAAGAACAGCUUUUGAUCAUUCAGCUUCAUGCUAAGCUUGGAAACAGGUGGUCGAAGAUUGCAAAGCAUCUUCCGGGAAGAACGGACAACGAGAUAAAGAACUUCUGGAGGACAAAGAUUCAGAGACACAUGAAAGUCAUGUCAUCGGAACAUAUGAUUUGUUCGGGAAACUCACAGAGCUCGGGGAUGACGACGACGGACCAAGGCAGCUCAGGGAAAGCCAUAGACAUGGCUGAGAGCUUCUCUCAGGCGAAGACGACGUUUAAUGUGGUGGAACAGUCAAACGAGAAUUACUGGAACGUUGAAGAUCUGUGGCCUGUCCACUUGCUUAAUGGUGACCACCAUGUGAUUUAAGAUAUAUAGUCCUAUACAUUUAUAUGCCCAGCUGAAUUUUUGUGUAUGGUACGUUAUUUAAUUUGGUGUUCUAUUGCUGAAAUGUGGUUGCAUUUAAUUUACAUAUGAUAAAGUGCAUGUUAUCGUUAAAUCUUCAAAACAUAUGGAGGUGGUGUGUGAAUUACUUCUGUUCUUUAAAGCA